AUGGAAAAUGUUACAAACGUUGAAUAUUACAGACUGGGGCAGCUCAACCUCUCCAAAUACACGCUCUAUUUGUCGCUCAGUUUUGUCUCAAUCACCGUCUCCGUGAUGGCGUUCGUCGCCAUCUGCAUGUUCUCCAAGCAUACAAAGCAUCACAUACUGUUCGAAGGUUUCAACUUUGCAUGUGCCAUCAACAGCUUUGCUGCCAUCUACCAGUGUUUCUACAGUAUUCAUGUCCAGAUGAUCGGCGUUCAGCAGGUCAGCAGAAGGGCUUGUGCUCUGAGCGCCCUUUUCAAUCCGCUGCAGAUUUUCAAAUUGUUUUCCGCUCAUCGGUUGAAAUUCGACCUGCUGGUUACGAAGCGCCUCGCUCUAGCAGCCGGCAAUUUAGCUGCUCUUAUGAUACUGCCCAUUAUUCUGCACUUCCUGCUUACUGCUUCAAAAUCUGCACUGCAGUUCAUGUGGCUCAUCUGGUUUCCGUACGACAGCAGCCUGGUCGUCGCUAUUCUUCUCUACUGCUGGUAUCAAAAGCUACUGCAGCAGCUCGUUGCGCGAUUCGUUCAUUACGUCAGAAGUUCGAAAGUAUCUCCUGGAGGGUGCAGUCAAGAUAUGCGAUCAGCUUCAAAUGACCAUACACAUACCCGCGUCUGA